UCUACUUGGCAUCCAGAUUUGACUUCAGCGGCUGAUCUUGACUCAGAAACUUGCUAAUUUAUCGGCUUAAGGUUAGCUGUCAAUACUUUCUUCCUCAAAUUUUUCCUCCUCAUCAACAGUUUUUGACACAAUUAGACUUUUUUCACAAAUUUUAGAUUGCGUAAAUGAAAUAUGGUGCUGACUUCGUUCGUGCAACAUGAGAACGUUUUGAGAAAUCGAUCACUGUUCCAAUGCUACUCAGUUUUUUGUUUUUUAAUUUAUCUGUUUUCAGGAUAUUCUGUCGCAGAACUCCAAAACUUGAAGGCAUCAUUUAACCGUCUCCCGAAAAUCCAAGCCAUAACGACAUUUUCAAAUGGAGGGUUUCGUUUCCGAGAAUUUUACCUCUUCUCCAGGAAUAUCGAGUGCCACGAAUGGAACUUCACAGAAAUCUUUUCCCAGGCACUCAGAACAAGAAACGCUCGCUUUUGUAGUUAUAUACACCGUUCUAGCGUUGUUUGUGAUUCUGGGUAACUCUCUCAUCAUAGCCACAUUCACCAGAAACAGAAAGCUACGAACAGCAACCAAUCUCUUUUUCGUGAGUUUAGCAGUUUCAGAUCUUUUCGUUGGAGCCUUCUCUAUCCCUGGUUGGAUAUACAUUUUGCUGUACGAUUUGAAUCAUUCAGCACCAAGCGCUUUCAACCUGUCUUUCCGCGAGAUGUACACUUUCCUGGACAUUUCAAGUGCUCUGGUCUCCAUUGCACAUCUCACAGUUAUCAGCAUCGAACGAAACUUCUCCAUUUCAAGACCACUAAGACACCGUGUUAUGCCGCGUGUAUACUAUUACAUUGCUAUAGCUGUAACAUGGUUGUAUGGCCUCGCCAUUGCGCAGAUAUUCGUGAGUAAUUCCAAUGCCGUACCCUGGCAGAAAUACAGAGUUCUACUAAUUACCAUCGGAGGCUUUAUUCUCCCUCUUUUUGUCAUAAUCUGCAUGUACGCCAACAUUCACAAGAGCGUCAAACUGUUUAACACUCGCCGAAGGUCAUUUCCCUCCAGUUCGCUUCAAAGAAAAGUUAUCCGGGAAAAGACGAUCGUAAAAACCGUUCUAAUUGUUACGGGCGCUUUCGCGGUGUCAUGGCUCCCGUUUUAUACACUUUCAAUAUUGUUUGUAUUUUGUCAGAAAGUAGUUCCGCAAGGCGUCAGUCUGAUACACUUGUUAGAUUUUGUAAAGUUCCUCCAUUACAGUAACAGCGCUAUGAAUCCUCUUGUGUACACCUAUCGUAUCCAAGAAGUGAGAACCACGCUGCUUAAGUUUGCUGCUCCGUGUUUGGCUCAAACUCCUUUCACAAAAGCGCUGGUUUUGCCCAUUCCUCUUCAAAGGCCACCUGUUGCUCAAGUCCCCGCGAUUGCUCGUCAUUCCAUAUUGCGAGUGCGAGUGGGACCAAAACUCAGAGCUGUGAACUCAGUAUGAUUAAGCUUGACCUCAGAGUUUUUAUGCUACUCCUUUUUAUUUCAAAUUCCUACGAUAUUUUAAUUUAGAAAAGCAGCAAAUUUAUCCGACACACACAGUGACUAACUGGAUUUGGAUCCCUCGUUUUCAGGGUAUAUGGUUGCUGGUUUAAGUGUGAUACUUGGUUUAUAUCUGUAGUAUACAUCCCAAUCGUGGCUAAUAAGGUUAUCUAAUGAUCUGGAGCUUUUUCAUCACAUACAAAGUUACCUUCUUGAUUAACCGAGUCGGUUCUGUAUCAAAACAAGUGGUGAUGUGGGGUAGAAGGUCUCCUAGAUGAGAAGCUAUAAAUGGCUUGAAAGUUAAGGGAAGUGAUUUCCUCUCUGUUAUUUUCCACUUUUUUACUCCCAGAAGUGAUCGAUUUACAAAGUAAUCAUUUAAUAUUGAAGUUUGGUAAACUGCCACUUGAACAUGAAAAGGGUGAAGGCAAUAGGACCGGAAAAUGUAGAUAAUCUUGACAUGACACCAAAUUUGCAGCAAAUGACUAAUAAUAGUCGAGAAACCUGAUUUUUUCAUCGUAUAGUAAGUUCGUGCAUGCUCGUUACCUCUAAUUGGAUAAUCAGUAAAUGCUGUAUGUACAUACUUAGAUUUAAGUUUUGAAGAUCAAUCUUGAAACAAGAGUGUUAUACUGAUUAUCUUACUCAGACACUUCUAUUGAUCAUAAUACGAUAUAUAGUACUUUUACCCAAUGUCGGAUAUCCUUACAGUAAUGCUUUAAACUCGAAGGCGCGCUAUAAAAGGAGCCUUAGGUCCCACUGGACCUUUUGUCAAUCAACCUUCGAGUGAUGUAGAACUCUUAGAGUCAAGUCAGCUUGAGCUACAGCUACUCCAAAGCAGUGAACAGCGGACGCAUUCCUCAA